AUGGUCAGCUGCUGGACACAUUCAUGGGAGUACCUUUUGCAGCUCCCUCCGAUCGGCGACCUCCGUUAUGCUGCGCCCAAGUUACCCGAACCAUGGUUGACUCCUUUAGAUACGAUUAAUUAUAGGAAAGGGUGCGCACAGCCACCGGGCAAUCAAUUACAGUACGGCGAAGAUUGUCUCUACCUUAACAUAUUUGUGCCUUAUCACGAGAAUGUGGCUACUGACCCGCUACCCGUACUAGUGUGGAUACACGGAGGUUGUUGGAUGGGUGGUCAAGCAGACGUCGAUGCAGGCAUCAUUGCGCAGCAAGAUAUGAUAGUUGUUGCUGUUAGUUAUCGCCUUGGAUCAUUUGGAUUUUUAACAACUAGGGACUCAGUGGCAACAGGAAAUUGGGGUUUAUUGGACAAUGUGAUGGCAUUACAGUGGAUUCAGAAUAAUAUCGCAAAUUUUGGAGGUGAUCCGACUCGAGUUACUUUAGGUGGUCAAAGCUCAGGUGGAGUCAGUGCUACACUGUUGAUGUUUGCACCGUCAGCUGCAGGUUUGUUUCACGGGGUUCUUUCGCAGAGUGGAAACGCAAUGGCUUCAUGGGCAAUCCAUCGACCGCCCUUUGAUCCCUUAAACAUCACUCAUGAAUUUGCGGAAAGUUUAGGCUGCCCAACGACGACAUCGCAGAUUAUCGUCGACUGCUUGAGAUCCAAACCGUGGACCGAAAUAGUCGAUGGAACCGCCACUGCAUAUGACGAUUGGUGUUUAUGGACACCAAACAUCGAUGGAGUGUUGAUACUUGAAGACCCCACCGAUUUGCUUUGGAGAGGGGAAUUUUCGCAAGUACCGAUGAUUAUUGGUUCUACGGGAAGUGAGUUCGCUUAUGUUCCUACUACCAUGACGAAAGUGGAUUUCGACGCAGAAGUACGUGAGAUUGCCCAGAACCAGUAUGGCUACGCUGGUAACGUCGACGAAGCAACGGACGCCCUUAUAUACGAGUUUACAGAGCCAACCAAUGCAUUCGAUGAAAAGGAGAUACGAGAUGAAUGGGUCCAGGAGCUACUCAUAGUAGUGACUUGCCUUAUUCCUGGGGCACUCCGUUUAUGGGACCGGAUCGUACCUGUCCGUGGGUCUGCGAAUGGGACUCUUGGUCAACUCAACCCUCCUGGAGUGAUCUAG